AUGGAUUUCCAGCGUCCAUACAAACCUAUCCCACCGUCGUCCGAACUUUACGGCGGCGAGAAAGAGCAGAUGCUGAACCUCAACAGGCGCUUGGAGACCUACCUGAACCGCGUCAAACUUCUGGACGACGAGAACGCCAAGCUGGCCAAAGAGAUCCAAACUCUGAGGCGGAAACACCACGGAGACCAAGAGCGCAGACAGUUCCUGGAUGAACAGCUUCUCGGUGCGAGGGAAGAGGUCGAACUGGUUUGGAGAGAGAAGGUCUUCGCCGAGGUAGAUGUAGCCAGGCUGAGCGAGGAGCUGCAGACGCUGGAUCUUCAACUGCAGAGAGAGACCCGAGCUCAAGUCGAGGCCAGCGCCAAGGCCGAGCAAAGCAGGCGAGAGCUGGAGGAAGAACGGCAAGCCCAGGUAUGGCUGAAGGAGAAGGUCGGUGAGCUCGAAAACGAAAUGAAAUGGCUCGUUCAAACCCAUCGAGAAGAGGUGUCCAACAUGGAAGCCACGGUGGUGCAGACCACGGUGGUGCAGGCCGCGAGACCGGUCUUUCAGCACGGCCCUAGUCUCUUAGAUUUGGGGCAGGAGUACAAGGAGAGAGCGGAGAGGGCCUGGCGAGAUGCAGCCGAGGCGUAUCAAAGCCAGCUGACGCGUCUGGAGGAGUCGGUGAGCGAGACGAGGCAGAGGUUGGUGCAGGUGAAUAGAGAGAAGAGCGAGAGCGUGAUGAAGCUGCAGAACCUGGAGAGGGAGAUGAUGGGACUGCAGGACCUCAGGGAGCACCUGGAGAGCACGGCGGACCGGCAGAGAGAGAGCCACUGCCACGAUGUUCAGAGGCUGCAGGAGCACUUGGAGGCCUUGGAGAGGGAGAAGCAGGCUCUGACCCAAAGAAUGGAGCAGCUGCUGCAGGAGAACCGUGGCCUGGUUCAGAUGAAGCUGAGUCUGAGCAUGGAGGUGGCCACGUACAGGACGCUGCUGGACAGUGAGAGCCACAAGAGAGACGGGGUUUUGCAGAAGCAGCCGAGAAACAUUUACAGCAAAGAUGCAGCUUUCAGUCCAUGGGGAGCUAGAGACAAUUACCAGCUGUCUCCAAGCCUCAAGACCAUUUCAUCACCACUGGUUCGUAGUAUCCCUAUGACCGGAAAGACAAAGUCACCAGCGAUAACAUCCACGCCCGUCCGUUACCAGCAGUAUGUGCCAAGACGAGACAAACUGGGAAUUUCAAAGGACAAGGUUGAAGACAAAGAGGAUUGCCAAAAGCCAGAGGUGACUCCAUAUCCUAAGGUGCUCAAAGACGGGGCAGUGGAGAACUUCCGGCCACAAGAAGUAAACGAAAAGGUGACAUAUGCUGAGCCACUUUCUCCACCAGACGAGCAAGAAAAAGUAUUAUAUUUGGAGAAUAACAACUGGGAUGAAGAUGUUGAUCAACCAUCUGAGCAAAAGCAAAGCCCCUUCAUACAAUCUGAGUUUAUACAAAUUGAGAAAGAAGAAGUAGAGAAGCAGAAAGCACCUAUAGAUGCAUGGAUUGAGGAGCAAAUUGUUAGCCAAACCGAACAACCUAGCGUAGCAUCAAGUUGUUAUCAAGUCGCUCCAAACCUCGAGGAACCCUUCACCGAUGAGGCUACCCCAGAACUUAUCGAGGAAGCGUUCACCGAGGAGCUAUCCAGUGUUGCUGUCAAUUCUCAACAAGAAAAACCUCUUGCGAUUGAUCAUAUGGAAAAGCCACAAGAACUGAUUGAUGCGUGGGUUGAGAAAUCUAUACAGGAUACUAAAGUUGAGUCUUCCGAUUCAGAAAAAGAGGCAUUUGUAGAACCCAACUUUGACUCCAAGUCCAGUAGCCCAGCCUCUGAAUGUGAUUUGGAAGAACCUCUCCAAAAACAAGUCAGUCAAUUAACAUUUGAGAGUGUUGAAGCAUCAAUGGAUGACAACAGUCCGCCCAAGGAGAAGUUAUACCCUGAUGGAGAGGAGAUGGACACAUGGGAUGAGGGAGUUCCAAAGGCUGGUGAUCUGGAGCUACCUAAAGAAAUUUUGAAGCAGCAUGCUGAAUCAGAGGAGGAUAGUUCAGCAAGAGAAAUACAACAGCAAAAUCAAGAGGUACGAGAAGGUGAAGAACAGCGACCUCCUUUGAAUCCUGUGGAACAAAAGGAGUCAUUGGAAGAAGAGAUUCCAGACAAAAGCGCAGACGACGAUGAACAAGAUGAUUCCCAAAAUGUGUCUGUGUCAUGGCGGACUGAGGUGGAGGGAGAUAGCUACGCCCAGGACAACACUCUUGCCGACACGAGACCUCUGAUCAGAUACAAGAGCGACGAAACCGACGCAAACACGCAAGCUUCACACUUCGACGACGAUUUCAGUGACGCAGAACAAGAAAAGAAAGUUGGAGAGAUGGAAAGCGGAGCAGAGUGGAACGAGGAACAGGCGAGACGAUUUGGAACAAUGGAAGAUCUGUGCGAGGAGGCGGAAGGACAGGUUUUGGAUGAGGAGUACGAUCACCAAUACCUUAGGAAUUAUGGGAAGGAUGAAGAAGAAAGUGACGCAGAUGAAGAUGCAGAUGAUACACAGCAUGAAGUAAUCAGAACGGUGAAGGAUGAAGAGAUAGACACUGAUAAGCUGGUGGAGCAGGAACUAGAAAAUCUCACAACAGAAUGCUUUACCACACAUUUUGCGCAACUGCAAACUAGUACAGCCGUAACAUUGCCAGACGGAGCUCGAGCUGACCAACCUAUAGCUUGGAAUGAAGCUCUGGAAGGCAUGCCAGAGACUAUUGACAAGGAAGAUUUUAAUCAAAGUGAAGCUCGAGAUGAACCAAAGAAUGAUGAACUCUUUGAGACACCACAACAGCAAACAGAUAAAGAGGUCCAAGAAGUUCAAGAAUUAGUUGACCUAGAGAUGAAAGAUAGUCCCGAUACAUCAGUGACACAUUGCGACAUCACAAUGGACAUUUUUGAUGAUGGGAGUAAACUUGUUAGCACAUCAACAAGUCAAGAGCUGUCGUUUGACCAGAAAGAACCAAAAAAUGUAGGAGAACUCGUCAAAGAGGGAGCUCUGUCGUUUGUCCAUGGCAUGCUAACUGCCCAAGGAGUGAAAUUCAGCGAUGGAAAAGAUUCCAAUAAACCUUCAAAUACUCUUCAAGAAGUUGCUGACCCUGAGAUUGGAGUUGGUAUAAAGCACACCACACCUGAAGAAAUGUUUAAGCCUGAAGAAGCUUAUGCAGGAUUCCCCGAAGUUCCUCCAACGACCGAAUGGGAAGUCCUGGAACACCCUUCAGAAAUCAAUGAUGGGUUUGAAGGUGACUUCCCGAAACAUUUCUCCAGUGAUGACAAAAUCGAACGCGAUUCUUUCUCACCGACAGAGGAGCCCUUAAACAUGUCCCCAGAUAGUGUCCGAGAAGAAGACGACCUCUUGAUUGUAAAGGACCAGCUGAAAACAAAUGGAAAAACAAACUUGGAUGAAUUGAUUAGCAACAAUGCCAACAACGACUUCUGGGUGUCUCCUUUGGAAACAGGUGGGGGGUGGUGGGGGGUUGUUAGCAUGCUGCAGUCCAUUUACUGUAUCUGCAGAGGUAGUAAACGUGGCGAGCUCACCGGGGAACGUGGCGAGCUCACCGUGGGGGGAGUACAUGUACGAGUGUGUGUUCUGCUAACCGUUCACCAUCCGUCAUCUGUCGCCAUUGAUUUAUCCAGGCUCUUCUACGACAGGAGGAUUGACGAGGUGAGGGACGGGACGGGUUUGUGGGACCCGAGACACAGAGGAGAGCGCCAUGUUUGUUACAGAAGAGAUGGAAGUGUGAUGUCAUGA